CUAGACUAUAUAAGUUGAAGAUAAUCCCCACCCUCAAUAGUAUGUUGAGGCUUUUCGAUCGUGUCUGCUCGAUGAUAAGGCGAGCUAUUGAGGUUCUCACUGAAUCUGCGUGAAGGGUGGGAGUCGCAUAUCGGCAGGUAUGGCGGCAUCUAACGUGAUGGGACAGAUGGGGGGCAAUCGAGGUGCUGGUGUGCACGGAGCUGUAGGCUCAGGCAUGAACAUGCCUGGGAAUGUUGGCUCGGGUAUACUUAACGCGGGUAUGGAUGGCCAGAAUACUUCGCCUAACGGCUUGUCAGCAACACCGUUCGGCGUCGUAACAUGCUAUAUCUGUGGGAAAAAUGGUCACUAUGCACGAAACUGCUGGCAGGCACCGGCCAGGCAAAGACCAGAGGAGGAGAACGUUGAAAUGAGAGAGCUGCUCCUCCGGAUCGCUAGAAGAGAAAWAGAGGAAGAGGACAAGAAAAAGCGGGAGAUCGAAGAGGCGAGAAGGAAAGAAGAAGACGAGCGACGUGAAAGUGAGAAGGUACGGGAAGAACAGGCGAGAGAAGCCAAGUUGGAAGCUAYGAUUCUCCGUAUUUUGGCGCAGAAGAAGGAAACAACGAGAAUCGUACCUGCACCACAGAUCACAAUCGGAUCGAAGAAGCGAUCUCCUGGGUCUAAAGCGCGGAUGCUACGGGAGAUCCGUAGCUACAUCGCCGAGUUUGAGGAAGACAGUGAGGAAGUUAAAGAGGAGGCCGAGAAACUAGUUGAAGCAUUAGAGAGUCGAAAGAAGUCGAAGAAAAGCGCUACUCUCGCACGAGCAGCGGUCCGCAGAGUCGGGAGAAGGGUGUCUACUCCAAGAAAGGGCAAAGCUCCUGGUGAGGAUACACCAGCGAAUGAUGAAGUUCUGGAGACUCCGAAGAAGGUAUGCCCAGCCGAGUGCUCCAGUGAAGGACUAGUUGAGUUCGCGUUAUCACAAACUAAGGCGCUGAGUGGGAUGAAAGCGCAUGAAGUUCRGAAGAUCUGUAGCAAGGAAGGGAUUGAUUAUGUCAAAAAGGACGUAUCCAUCCAGGAGAUUGUUAGAUGUCAAGAAGAAGUGGAAGGGGAAGGAGAAGGGGAAGGGGAAGGGGAAGGGGAAGGGGAAGAAGAAGGAGGAGGAGGAGGAGGAGAAGAAGAAGAAGAAGAGGGGCGGAGGCCAUACCUGCGUCAGCGGUACUUACCUGGGCGCCAUAGCCGUGCUCCACACUGGUACCUGGGCGCCAUAGCCGUGCUCCACGCUGUCGACCUGCACAACAACAACAACAACAACAACCACAACAAGAAGGAGGAGAAGGAUGAGGAGGAGAAGAAGAAGAAGAAGAAGAAGAAGAAGAAGAAGAAGAAGAAGAAGAAGAAGAAGAAGAAGAAGAACAACAACAACAAGAAGAAGAAGAAGAAGAAGAAGAAGAAGAAGAAGAAGAAGAAGAAGAAGAAGAAGAAGAAGAAGAAGAACAACAACAACAACAACAACAACAACAACAACAACAACAACAACAGCAACAACAACAAAAGUAUAAUGAUAAAGAAGAAGAAGAAGAAGAAGAAGAAGAACAACAACAACAACAACAAGGAGGAGAAGGGGGAGGAGGAGGAGGAGAAGGAGGAGGAGGAGGAGGAGAAGAAGAAGAAGAAGGGGAAGAAGGGGAAGGGGAAGGGGAAGGGGAAGGAGGAGGAGGAGGAGAAGAAGAAGAAGAAGAAGAAGAAGAAGAAGAAGAAGAGGAAGGGAAGGCAAGGGAAGGGGAGGGGAAGGGGGAGUAGGAGGAGGAGGAGGAGAAGGAGGAGGAGCAGGAGAAGAAGAAGGGAAGGGGAAGGGGAAGGGGAAGAAGAACAAAAGAAGAAGAAGAAGAAGAUGAAGAAGAAGAAGAAGAAGAAGAAGAAGAAGAAAAAGAAGAAAAACAGGGGAAGGGGAAGGGGAAGGGAAGGGAAGGGAAGGGAAGGGAAGGGGAGGGGAAGGGGGAGGAGGAGGAAGAGGAGGAGAAGGAGGGGGAGCAGAAAAAGAAGGGGAAGGGAGAAGAAGAAAGAAGCAGAAGAAGAAGAAGAAGAAGAAGAAGAAGAAGGAGGGGAAGGAGGAGCAGGAGGAGCAGGAGGAGAAGGAGAAGGAGGAGAAGGAGGAGAAGAAGGAGGAGGAGAAGGAGGAGGAGGAGGAGGAGGAGGAGAAGGAGGAGAAGGAGGAAAGGAGAAGGAGAAGAAGGAGAAGGAGGAGAAGGAGAAGAAGGAGAAGAAGGAGAAAAAGGAGGAGAAGGAGGAGAAGGAGAAGAAGGAGAAGAAGGAGGAGAAGGAGAAGGAGGAGAAGGAGAAGAAGGAGAAGGAGAAGAAGAAGAAGAAGAAGGAGAAGAAGGAGAAGAAGGAGAAGCAGAAGAAGGAGGAGGAGAAGAAGAAGAAGAAGAAGAAGAAGAAGAAGAAGAAGAAGAAGAAGAAGAAGAAGAAGAAGAAGAAGAUAAUGGUACACAACACCACUUUGAAGUCUACUUAUUUGCUUUGCUAAUUUUUGAAAUCUGGUGGAAAUUCCAUAGGGACCCAAAACGGAAAUAACACCUU